GUGGCAGGGCUUCCUGUAUGCUGCUCCCGCCGGGUGUCCAUGGCCCGCACCCCCAAGCUGCCACUGCAGCAGUCAGAGUGGCAGCUGAAGGCUCAGUUCAUGCCGUGUCCCCGGGCAGUACUGGCAAGGCUGAGCAAGAGUCCUCUGCAUCUUGACACCUAGGAGAGCAGAGACGGAGCCUCCCAGGGUGAAGGAUCAUGCUGCGCCGCAAGCCCUCCAAUGCCAACGAGAAGGAGCCCACUCAGAAGAAAAAGCUCUCCCUUCAGCGCUCCAGCAGCUUCAAGGAUUUUGCCAAAUCCAAACCCAGCUCCCCCGUGGUGAGCGAGAAGGAGUUUAAUCUGGAUGAGAACAUUCCAGAAGAUGACUCAGGUGUCCCCACCCCAGAGGAUGCUGGGAAGAGUGGCAAAAAGCUGGGGAAGAAGUGGAGGGCAGUGAUUUCCCGAACCAUGAACAGGAAGACAGGCAAGAUGAUGGUGAAGGCCCUGUCAGAAGAGAUGGGAGACACUCCGGAGGAGGGCUCUGCCUCCCCGACAUCUCCAGACUGCAGCCUGGACAGCCCUGGCCCUGAGAAGAUGGCGCUGGCCUUUUCUGAGGAAGAGGAACGUGAACUUCCAGCACUCAGCUGCCAGGCGUCAACAGGCAGUGAGCUCUGCAGCCCCAGCCCAGGCUCUGGCAGCUUCGGGGAGAAACCACCUGCCCCCGGGUACACAGGGCCCUUCUGUGGCCGGGCACGAGUCCACACCGACUUCACUCCCAGCCCCUAUGACCACGACUCACUGAAACUGCAGAAAGGCGAUGUGAUCCAGAUCAUUGAAAAGCCACCUGUGGGCACGUGGCAGGGCCUACUCAAUGGCAAGCUGGGCUCUUUCAAAUUCAUCUAUGUGGAUGUGCUGCCCGAGGAGGCCGUAGAGCCUGCCCGCCCCAGCCGCCGACAGAGCAAGGGCAAGAGACCCAAGCCUAAGACCCUGCAUGAGCUGCUGGAGCGCAUCGGCCUGGAGGAGCACACAUCCACCCUCUUGCUCAAUGGCUACCAGACACUGGAGGACUUCAAAGAGCUGCGAGAAACACAUCUCAAUGAGCUCAACAUCAUGGACCCGCAGCACCGGGCCAAGCUGCUCACGGCCGCUGAGCUGCUGCUGGACUAUGACACUGGCAGCGAGGAGGCAGAAGAGGGCGCCGAGAGCAGCCAGGAGCCAGUGGCACACACAGUGUCCGACCCCAAGGUGGACAUCCCUCGCGACUCUGGCUGCUAUGAGGGCUCAGAGAGCGGGCGUGAUGAGGCGGAGCUGGCAGGCACUGAGGAGCAGCUGCAGGGCCUCUCCCUGGCCGGGGCACCUUGAGGUGGUGUUAGCAAUAGGCCAAGGCUGGGCUCCAGCUGCAAAGGCUGCAGGAGGGGGCCCAGCUGCCCAUGGCGGCCCAGGCCCAGAGGACUGGCACUGAGCCUGGCCCUGCUUCCCCAGGGAUGCUUAGGGCCGCAGAGGCCAGGCCAGGGCCCUGCAGGUUCUAGUCUCAGCUAGAGUGGCUGGGGAGUCACCCAAGGGCACAUCCCACCUGCCUGAGCCCCACCCUCCACCAGCGACUGACAGCGCAGCCCCUCCUGGCACCAACUGCUCCCCCACCACGGCCACAGCCACAGCAAGCGGGGCACUGGGAGACCCUGCCCAUGUCCCUCACCACCAAGGCCCCCAAAUCCUCCUUGCCCCCACACCACCUACCCCUGUUGCACUGUUCCUGAAAAGGGGGCCAAGUCAACGUUUCAGGUCAGUCUCAAAACCCUGGGGAAGCUGGCCAUUUAAGAGAACCCGAACUGACCAUGGGUAAAUCCAGUUUCCCUAAGUAAGGACUGAAGAAAUUCACUGGUACCAUACCCAGUUUCCUUCUCCUUGGCUUUCUUAGAGGUUUGACCACCAAAUCCUAUGAGACUUGAACCAAGUGGCUUCCUCUUUCUAGGCUUAGGACUGGUUGGGAUUAAAACGGGUGAUCACUGAAGGCCUUGCCGGCUCUGACAUUCUGUGACAUUAAACGUCUAUUCUCCUGUCACCUGUGGCCCGGGACACCAGUGGGGCUUAUCGAGGGGACCAGAGGGGCCUCGAUCUUUCAAGUGAAAUGGCUCCUUGUGCUCACCCACUUUAUCCUUCCUCGUGUAACUCAGGACAGCUGCAACUUCCCCCAGCUUAAAACAAUGCCCAAACCUCCUACGAUAUGCACCCUCCCCUUCCAUCCCUGGAAGGGAAGGCUAAUCGCAGGUGGUCAGGCCUGGUUUCCAAGGACAGAAUUGCCUCUCAGAAGCCAGCUGAGGAUCUGGGUCCAGAGUUGGCCACUUGUGUGGGUCCUCACGAGCAAAGAGAGCACUAAACUUAACAUUGGGGGUCCACUACUCCAACUUUGCUUUCUGAAGGUUUUGGUGUACACUGAGCCCCAGGAGGAAAGGAGAGUAUCUGUGAGUGGGGGCCUCCCUUGACCCCGGUACCAAGUCUGUGCCCUGAAUCCCCAGAGUAACGCGUCCCUGGUGCCCAACCAGCCUGGGGGCAAACAGUGUCCACUACAUCUAGAACUGCUGGCUAAGUGGACACAUUUCUUGACCUCCUACCAGGAACUUUGGUAAAAGCUAGCUUUGGGGAAGGGGUUGGGUGUAAAUAUGAGGGUGGAGGGAGACCAGUUGGUAGCAAUAAACAUGGGUAGAACUAAA